AUGAAAGUUUUGUUUUUUCUUUGUUCCUUUUUUCUACAUUUAAUCUUGGCGAAUAAUGAGACUUUGAAAGUUCGCCUAAAUUAUUCGGUUUUCAAGUUUUUCAGCAAAGAUGGGCAUCAUGUGGUAAGCAAAUUUUUGUUGAUUUUUAGAGCUUUUCAAUAAAAAUCUUUAAUUCUAGGUUGAUGAGGAGAUUCCGAAUAUAACCAUACCGAAUAUCACAGUUCCAUUCUCGACUUCUGUUGGAGAUGGAAUUGUGAGCACUGAUGUUUUGAAAAUUGAGAAAUUCAAAACACCGGAUAUUGAAUUCGAAUUAUCCGAAGAGGGAAUAAGUUGGCAGAGCAAAUAUGGAGCUGUGAAAUUGAAUGGAUUAUGGGCGGCACAAUUUACAGAAUUAGUGACUGUGAGAGAUAGUGGAUGGUUGACUGCAAUUGCAAGUGAUAUUCGGAUGAAUAUAUCGGCUUCGGUUUUUGAAUUGGAUGGGCAACCACAGAUUCGAAUUGGAAAUUGUAGUGUUGAGAUUGUGCAUUUGCAUGUUGAGUUAGUUUUUUUUUGGGGAAUUCGAUGGAUUUCAAACAAUACUUGAGGAAUUUUUUUCAUUUCUGACCUAUUUGUUUUUUGAACGAAUUUUUAUUAAAAUAUUUAUAGAUUUAGGAUUAAAUAUAACAUUAUUAAAAAAUAUUAUUUAUUGCCAGCCUAGAUUUUUUUUUGAAAAUCUGUCAAUAUUUUUCAAUCUUUUAUUGACAGAUUUUCGAAAAAAUUGUGUUUUUCAAUGUUGUUUCACAACAAAAAAGGAAUUUAAACACACAACUUGGCUUUCCUUGGAAUUCAGAGUUGUUUUCACCAUUUCUACUUAACUCCAUCGUUUUCAGCGUAAAAUUUCACCCCGUAUACAUUUUUUAUUGACAGAUUUUCGAAAAUUUAAAAAAAAAACGAAGAAAAUGAUGAAAUUUCCCUCACAAAAAAAAGAAGAAUAGGCUCCGCCAUGUGUUCCUCGCUGCAGCGCGCAACCAGUGAAGUGUCGAUGAAUGACCACAUGUAAAUAGACGCCUGCUGUUUUCUCUCCAUCGCUUCUUCGGCUUAUUAGCUAAGAUCAAAGUGUAGUAUCUGUUCUUAUCGUAUUAACCUACGGUAUACAUUCGAAUGAAUGUAAUUAAGGUUAUAUGAUUUUUGGAACCUAGGAAAGACUCGGGGCUUGCUCCGACUUUCCAAGGGUCGUCUCAGCGUUGCACUGCUGCUGAGCUCGGCCCAGUCCCCGAGGGGACAAAAAAAAAAGAAAAAUGUAAUGAAAAAGAGAGGAUUUCUGAUGGCCUUUUGUUUCAAACAUUCAUUCCGAAAAAUAACAGACUGAUUUUAACCCAAAAUAAUGUUUUCCAGAAUUGGUGGAAGUGUUCUUUCAUGGCUUGUCAACCUCUUCCGCUCUCCACUUUCCUCAUUACUCAAAGAUGUAAUUCAUUCUCAAGCUUGUGCUGCAACACGUGGAAUUCUAAUCGAUCAAGCCAAUCAAUUCCUUCAUGAUCUUCCAACUCAUAUUGACAUCGGAAAGAAUUUCUAUGUCGAUUAUUCUCUUCUCAAAAAUCCGAUUUCAACUCGAAAAUACGCGGAAUUCGAUUUAUCUGCUGAUAUAAUUUAUGGAGAAACUAGUAAAUGUCACGCAAUAAAUCAAAAAAAUUGGACAAAACCUGCUGGAAAGAAUACUGGAAUGGUUACAACAUGGGUUUCGGUUUCAAUUCCAAAUUGUUUGAUCGAAUCAGCUCAUAAUAAUAGUUUGGUUAAAAUUAUAAUUUCAAAAGAUUUACCAAUUGUUCAAUCAUAUCUUCAAACAACUUGUGGAAUAUUUUCAAUUUGCAUCGGAAAAUUCUUCGAAAAAUUGCGAACUUCUUAUCCAAAUCAAUAUAUCGACUUAUUUUUCCAUACAUAUUCUACACCAUUUUUCACAUUCUCCAAACUCAAUGGAGUUAUGCUAAAUAUGAGUUUAGCUGUAGAUUUAUACAUAAAUCCAAUGCAAAAAACAUCGAAGAAUAUUCUGGCGAGAUUGAUUGUUGAAACAAUUUCAGAUGUUGAACCAUAUUUGGAAAAAUCGAGAAUAUUUGGAAAUAUUCGAAAUUUCACGAUUGAAACUCGCGAAGAUUUUUCGAAUAUUGGCGAUGUUUCAACGAGGUUUUUAUCGACUUUUUCAUCGAUUUUAUCAAUGACUGCGAAACAAGCUGUGAGAAGUAUUCUUGCACUUGGAAUUCCAAUUCCUUCUUUUGAUAAUGUCACAUUAGCUGGUGAGUUAGCGAAACUUUUUUGAUUGAAAAUACGAAUUCCACAACAUUGAAAACAAUACCGAAAUCAAAGAUUUCCGAAAAUCCUUGUUAGCAAAUUUAUAGAGCUCCAAAGCAUUUUGAAAAUGCUUUCACAUUUUUUCGAACAUAACGGUGUUCAGAACAUCCUGGAACUCGUGUUCAAAAUUUUUCGGAGCUCCAUAAACAUGCUCACAGGGUCUUUUUUGUCAAUUUUCGAAUUCGGGUUCGUUCUCAUCAUUAUCUCAUCCAAUAUUUUUUGCAGACACUUCUCGAAUUGAUAUUUUCGAUGAUUUUGUUCUUCUCAACGUCGACUUGAAAUAUAAUUAA